AUGCACAGCGCCUCGUCGAGAAAAAAGAGCACGAGACAUGUCCAGCAGUCCCACCAUUCUAUUCAACACCCUUCCAUUGCUAUCUUUCCAUUCCUCUCAUUCUCCGCAGUUAAACAGGUGGUCACAUGGUCAACUCUCAACGAGCCUCCCCGACAGACCGACAGCGUCGCCUCUUCGUCCCAACCCAUCCAGAGAUCGCAUCGGUCUCAGAAUCAUCUUCCUGAGAGGAAGUUUGGAAAAUGGACCCGAUUGAGGCGAGGGCACUUUGGAGCCAUGAAGUUGUAG